CAGUCCAGUACAGGAUUCUUGUCCUCGCUCUUCUUAUCACCCUUCGGGGUUCAAAGGGAACAAAACACAUUUUCACUGUUUUACUGUGCCUCUGGAUGAGGUUUAAUUACUGUCUUUUAUUCGAUUAAGCUGGUGGGACCUGGGGUUGUCCAAGCAGAGCGGGUGGCCCUGAUUCCGAGUCACACUCACUGCCUACUUUUCGCCUCUCAAUAACAUUGGAGGAGGCUAGCAAUUGUCUAUCAAUUCUCGGACUAAGGAGAUGUCGUCGAAUCCCGGUCAAGCUUCGUCUUCCAAGCCGCUGAAUAUCCCGAAUCAGUCAACCCCUGCGACAUACCAUCACCCCUCGUCUUCGGUUGACGCCGGGUAUCAGCGACGGCAAGGAGGUUCUGGCAGUUUUGGAGCAGGAUUGUCGUCGAGAAAUUCAAACACUGCAAGGAAUAAUCAAUCUCGGAAGAAUCAGCAUAGACGCCAACGUCCUCGGUUGUUGGAUGACGAUGAGUAUAGUGAGGCUGCCGUCAUGAAGUCAACAUCGAGCCGUAAGGGGCAAACCUCCAUUACCCAUUUGAUGAACUUUUCCCUUCCUCCUCGCCCUCAGUAUCAACCUCCCCCACGUACUCGUCGCCAAUAUCGGACCUGGGGUCUGGGCUCCGGAUAUCAUGCGGUAGACAAAGCGCACUAUGUUCAUGCAAAUUAUCGAUUCAUUGUGGCACCGAAUCGAAUUUACAAUGCGCAAGCGGCCAAUGCAGACGUUCACUUGGACUGGGACUCGGUUCUUCAGGUCCUAGUAUGGUCUCAAACCCAAUCCGCUAGCUGUCCGAUCUGCUUAUCGAAUCCGGUAGCACCGCGAAUGGCUCGAUGCGGUCAUAUUUUUUGUCUUCCAUGUUUGAUUCGUUACAUGUAUGCGGCUGAUGAAGAGAACCCGGUUUCCGAGAAGAAGGCUCGCUGGAAGAAGUGUCCUAUCUGUUACGAUUCGGUUUACGUAUCUGAGACUCGCCCUGUCCGAUGGUUUAGUGGCCAGGAAGGGGAUCUUCCAAUUGAGGGUGGCGACGUCAUAUUGAGGCUUAUGAAAAGAGAGACCGGUAAUACUCUAGCACUACCACGCGAUGGCGCUGAAGGCCUGGGCCCGGAGGAGGACAUCCCUUGGUUUCAUGCCGCGGAGGUUAUAGACUAUGCUCGGAUGAUGAAGGGAGGCGAAAACUACAUGGCUUCACAGCAUGAUGCGGAGAUUGAGGAUCUCUGUAGACAGGAGGCUGAAGAUGAACUUUUGUUCGGAGAUGAGACGACCUGGACUCAAAAAGCGAUCUCCACAAUCACUGACUCUAAAGAGAAACUUCGAGGCAUAGGGAACCCGCCGAACAUUUCGCGAGAACUAGUGACAAAGAGACCUGCUCGAGAGCCAAUUACGGCUGGUCCACCGCCUGACGAAGUUGCCGUGAUGUAUGCGGCCCAGCAUGCUGCGAAGUCUGGUCAAAGCUUUUCAGCAGACUCCAUCGGCUCAUCGGAUACACAAGCUAAAACCAAUGGUGUAGAGAAUUUGGUAGGAGCGAUGGAUAAUGUUGUUCUGGAAUCAGCGUCGGCCAAAUCGAAACAGAAGAUGCCAGAAAAGCAGACAACACAAUCCUCAUUCGACCAUCCGUUUUAUUUCUACCAGGCGCUGCCUCAUUUCUACCUGUCUCCCCUUGAUAUUCGCAUUCUCAAAGCUGCCUUCGGUGACUAUUCGUUGUUCCCUGCGACUAUUUUACCUCGAGUGGAGCAUAUUUCGACCGGGCAUGUCGUUGAUGAUGAAUUACGGAAACGAGUUAAAUACCUUGGCCAUCUUCCACACGGGUGUGAAGUGAACUUCUUGGAAUGUGACUGGAGGGACGUGGUAGUGCCUGAGGUCCUGAAACUCUUUCGUCCAGAGACGGAAAGGAGACGAAAACGAAACAAAGACAAAGAGGCUCGAGAAGAAAAGGACCGGAUCCGUGCUGAGAGAGAGGAGGACGAAAAGCGCUGGUCCGCUGUUCGCCGUAAGAGGCCGAGUUUUGGCACUACCAGCGAUCGCCCUUUCUCAGAUCGUGAUUUCCAACCUUUGGCCAGCGGUGUCGAUCAUCCUCCGGUGUUUGACAUGGGCACAGUCUCUGCUUCCCCUCCUCAAGCAUCAUCUGGGUUUGAAGCGUUGGCGUCGCCCGCCACCAGCCCUCCGGGUGCUCGCACGGUCUGGGGAACAACAGCUAUUCCAUCAUCGGAGCCACAGGACUCACAGGCUGGAGCUUCUCAAGAUGGAUGGUUUCAUGGCUGGGAAGACGAACUGCUAGCUCAACAGGAAAGUGAUUUGAUUGCGCAGACCGCAGCUGCAGCGGAGGGCAACAAUGCUUCAUCAUCUGGUGGUGGCAAGAAAAAGAAAAACAAGAAGAUUACGCUUAUGUCGACCAAUGUUCGGCGAGGAGCAUGACGGAGGUCUUUCCAUUAUCUUUCUAUAGUUGAUUCAUUCUGGAGAAUAUUUGGAGCAUUUGGUCGGAUCUGGUUUUGUUUACGAAGAGAAGGAGCAGCAUGGAUUUCGGAGUCCGGGUUUCGCAAAUACUGUAUCUCAUAUACAUAUUUUAACUGUUUACAUUGACCUUGGGUAUUGACUAGAGGGAGAGAGAGAUUUGAAUUCAUUAUUAUCGUCCUCUGAUCUCUUUCGGAAGAUUCAUCGGCAGUGAUGUACUGAGUACAUGCAUAACCACAGCAUACAACUACGUUAAUGCAGCCAGUUGUCACUGCCCAAUGUAAGGCAUUAAUUAAAAAAUUCAAUUGUACACUUGUC